UCACCAUGAACGAUUCGUCAUUUCUUUUAGUCCCAUUCAAAUAAAAAAAUUAAUUUAAAAUCUGGAUAAAAUAACCCGCUUAAAAUACUUGAAAAACCACAAAGCUCCCUCCUUAUUUUUCCGUUCGGGUUUGAGGCUUGAGCUUUGCCGUUCUGGGGAAGCAUAUAUCAAUCCGUCAAGCAAAUUACGGCCAGUUGCCACCAAACCCACCUAGCAAGCCUUAGCCAGUGCAAUCCGGCGCCGUUUUGUACUCCUCAGUGCUCAGUGCGAGUGUCUGAGUUUGACCAAUCUCUCUCCACUAGAAUUCAGAGAGAAGAAGAAGCAGCAAUGUUACACGAGUUGCUACUUGCACUGUUGGGCUACACCGGCGAUCUGAUAAUCGACGAGAGAGAGCAUUCCAAGUCUCUCGGCGUCGACGCUCCCAUUUCCGAUGAGCCUACUUUCAAGCUCGCUCCCGAUAUCUCCUUCAUUCAACCCAGCGAAAGGGAUCUUAUAGAGAAGAUCACCACAUUAGGGUUUUACUAUCGGGAGCUUGACCGCUUUUCCGUCAGGUCUCGGAAUUUAAGUUGGAUAAGGUCUGCAAAUGCGAGUUCUUUGGCCUCCGACUUGUCCAAACCCAAAGCUGAAAAGCCGAGUGUGUAUCGUAGGGCAAUUGCCAAUGGCAUUGUGGAGAUACUCUCGGUCUAUAGGUCUGCUGUUCUCCACAUUGAGCAGAAAUUGUUGUCCGAAACUGUCCCCAUAUUGGCAACUGUAACUCAAGGCCUCAAUAAGUUUUUUGUGCUCUUGCCGCCUCUGUAUGAGCUUGUUCUGGAGAUUGAGCGCGAUGACAUUCGUGGCGGUCAGCUUCUGAACCUUUUGCACAAACGAUGCCAUUGUGGAGUGCCUGAGUUGCAAACAUGCAUUCAGAGGCUUCUUUGGCAUGCACAUCAGGUGCUGUAUAACCAGCUGGCAGCGUGGAUGGUAUAUGGGAUUCUUCAAGACCAGCAUGGAGAGUUUUUCAUUAGGAGGCCGGAAGAUAAGGAUGUAGAGCAUGGCUCAUCUCAUCGAGACAUAUCUGAAAAGUUGGCACGCAUGUCAAUGGACGAUACAUCUUUAACAGAUUGGCACUUGGGAUUUCAUAUAUAUUUGGAUAUGCUACCCGAGUAUAUCCAUAUGCGUGUUGCAGAAUCAAUUUUAUUUUCAGGCAAGGCCAUCCGGGUUCUUCGCAAUCCGAGCCAUGCCUUUCGGUUUCAGGAUAUUGUGUAUCAUCAACAGGUGCCUAGAGGCUCUCAGAAAGUUCAAGGAUUUUCAGGGAGAUUUCCUUUCCUCAAAGACCCUUUUGCGGAUAAAGAGUUGAUUGGAGAAGAAUUGCUUCCACAGUCUGAGGCUGAUAAGAUUGAAACUAUGCUUCUGGAACUAAAGGAAUCAUCUGAGUUUCACAGAAGAUCUUUUGAAUGUGCUAUCGACUCAAUUAGGGCUACUGCUGCCCGUCAUCUUUGGCAGCUUGUGGUUGUACGCGCUGACUUAAAUGGCCAUCUGAAGGCACUGAAAGACUAUUUUCUUUUAGCAAAAGGAGAUUUCUUUCAGUGCUUUCUUGAAGAGAGCCGCCAGUUGAUGCGUCUACCUCCUCGCCAGUCAACUGCUGAGGCUGAUCUUAUGGUCCCAUUUCAGCUGGCUGCAAUUAAGACUAUAAGUGAGGAAGACAAGUGUUUCUCUAGAGUAUCCUUAAGGAUGCCAUCAUUUGGAAUGACUGUAAAAUCCUCCCAAGUAGAUUUACCAAAGACAGAUGGGAAUGCAGGCACUGCACUAUCAAGUGCUUCUUCAGAAAUAUCUCUUGAUGGUUGGGAUGGCAUUGCUCUUGAAUACUCCGUUGAUUGGCCCUUACAGUUGUUUUUUACCCCAGAUGUGCUCUCUAAGUACUGCAGGGUCUUCCAAUAUUUGCUGCGGCUAAAGCGAACACAAAUGGAAUUGGAGAAAUCAUGGGCCUCUGUGAUGCAUCAAGAUCACACAGAUUUUGCCAAGCAUAGGAAUGAUCAUGUAAAGGGCUCAGUAUCUCAGCAGGGAAGGCAGCGAUCUAGACCAAUGUGGCGUAUUAGAGAGCAUAUGGCUUUCUUGAUUAGAAACCUUCAGUUUUAUAUACAGGUGGAUGUGAUAGAAUCCCAAUGGAAUGUUUUGCAAGCUCAUAUUCAAGAUUCUAAUGACUUUACUGGACUUGUGGGCGUCCAUCAGGAGUAUUUAUCAGCUUUAAUUUCACAAUCUUUCUUGGACAUUGGCUCUUUAUCAAGGAUACUGGACAGCAUAAUGAAACUUUGCCUUCAGUUCUGCUGGAACAUUGAGAACCAAGAAAGCAGUGAAAAUACAUCUGAAUUGGAACACAUUAUAGAGGAAUUUAACAAGAAAUCAAACUCGCUAUACACGAUAUUGCGCAGUAGUAGGCUUGUUGGGAGCCAGCGAGCCCCAUUUCUUAGGCGUUUUCUGAUGCGUCUCAACUUCAACUCCUUCUUUGAGGCAACAGCAAAAGGUGUGCUGAACGUUGUAAGACCACGGCCUACACUUUCUGUUUUGAAUCAACAGUAGCAUAGCAUAUUUUUGUUCUACGGCUUCGAAGUGGCUCCUGCAAACUAUUUUCAGGAGCUGGCCACGUGAGCACUGGUAAAUUCGUUUUUGCUUCUUAAUUUUAAUGGAAGGACAGAGAAAAUGAGCUUUGUUAACGCUUGUCUGAAGACAGAUAUUCGUGUGUGUGUAAAUUGUAAUAUACAUAAAAUGUUUUUCCGAGUUAUUAUGUAGAUAAGGUAUUUUGGUCAA